CAUGUUUUCCCGAGUUUUCUUCCGUUCUGUGCCACGACUACAAGGAUGGACGCCGAUUCGAUUUAACUCUCAACAAGUGGACCCAGCAAAACUGAAAGCGUUUCAGGAAAGAAUUGAUAAAGCCAAAAUACGCCGCGCUUAUGCUCUCGGAGGUUGCCUCAUGUUUAUCUGGAUUUCGACGCAUGGAAUUCUUCUUUACAAACGUCGAAGCGAACAUCGAAAUCUCAAUGAAAAAUUGCCACCGAUUUCUUGGGAAAAUUUUGAGCAAACAUAUCUAGCGACUGGCGACGUCAAAACUAUCAUUUUUCAACCACACUUUGAGACAGCGAAUGUAUAUUUAAAUUCCGCCAGAGAACAACAGAUGAAGAAGAGUUUUGUUGAUUUAGUUCAUACAACUCCCGACAAAUUUUCUCGCCCUCCAGAUGUCCGAUUCUAUUUGGAAGCUUCAUCAGAAGAUGUUCAAUCUUUAGUGGCCGCUGCUUCACAAAAAUACAAGCACCACGUCGACUUUGAGAUUGAUCAAUUUCCCAGCUACCGGGAGCUGUCUUUCAUCGUAGGAUCCUCACUCUUUGUUCUGGCGGCUAUUUCCAUGGCAAAAUAAUUUUUUUACUUUGAUUAGUGUAGGAUUAGUAUUUGAAACCUUUCAACUUGUCAUGUUUCGUGUUUUCGGGUCUAAAACUGGCCGAUUUGCAAUAUAUAAGUUUUUUUUAUUUGUGCACAUGUUCAACUGUUAAACACUAAAUGAAAAAGUCUAAAAAUU